AUGAUCUCUCUCCUAUGUAACUCCUCCGCAGAGAAUCGUAACCCCGAUCUCCUCACCAUGUCCGACGACCACCCCUGCUCUCCGAUCCAUUCCAAUUCCUCUUCCCCUGACAAGACGCACAACACCCAAAACAACGAAAACACUCACAAUACCCAAAACACAAACACCCAAAGCACCGAAAACAAGAACACUCAAAACAACAGCAAUAAUGAUAGUAACAAUAAUUUUGUGAGGAGAGAGAGGCCAUCGAGGGCGUGUACGGCACGCUCUGCGGCGCGGUUAUACGAGGCGGCAGCGGCGGAGGCAGCAGUGGCCACUGCCGAGCGGAAGCGGAAAGCUGCGGCGAGGAAAGAGCGGUUUCCGCCUCCGAAAGAAGAGGAGUCGCCACCGCCAUCGCCGUCUGCCUCGCCACAAUGCAGCAAAAUCGUGACACAGCUGGUGGUGGAGCCAGAGCCGUCACAGUUGCCACGGUGGAGCCUCCGAUCAAUGUGGGAAUUGGCUUCAAUACUCAAUUUUCUCAAUGUUUUUAGGCAUCUUUUGAAUAUUAAAGUGGAGUUCUCGGCGGAGGAAUUCGAGACGGCGCUGAUCAUGCCCAAUGAUACUUUGGGUGACAUACAUAUACCAUUGUUGAAGUCGAUCCCUCCUAUUACUCGAAUGGCACUUGGACACAACACUUGGGUAACUGUUUUAUGCAGAAAGUUGAGAGAUUGGUGGCAUUGGGUUGCAAAUGGGGAACUACCCAUAGUCGCAUCCCAUGGGGCUGAGGUUGAAGCAUAUAAUGCACUUGAUCCUGGGGUUCGGGUGAUGAUCUUAAAAGCGUUAUGUGAUAUCCGUGUUGAGCAAGAAGAUAUUCGGAACUAUAUAGACAACUCAAUAAAACACGGUGUUCAUCUUUCAGCAUUUCGAAAAGAACGUAUUGGGGGUGAUUCUCAUGGAAUAUCUUAUUGGUAUGAAGAUGAUCCUAUCAUUGGUCAUCGGUUGUACCGAGAGAUUAGAAAAGUGGAGGUUAAGAAAGGAAAGGGAAAAAAUGUACAUCGUAUUCCUAAUUCAUCUUACCAGUGGGAAACCGCUGCAACAAGUUUGGAUGAAUUUCAAGAUGUUUCUGAGAAGUUAUUUUCAAGUAAAAAUAGAACAGAGUCUUCACUUGGGAAGAAGUUGAAAAUUGACAUGCUUCCUGAGGUUGAGAAGGUCCAGAAGAGGAAAGAGAGGCUGCUGAAAAAACAACAUAGACAGGCUCUCCUUCUCGAUGGAAUGAUGAUGAGUGCAGAUGGACUUGCUGCUGGGCGCUCCCUUCGUGAUAGAAAACCGGUCACCUAUACUUUUGAUGACUAUGACCGAUCAAUCAAUGAGGCUAUCAAGAUAACCAAAAAGAAACAGUUGUCGCCGGAACCUACUGAUGGAAGAGACGGUGCUGUGAAGCCUGAUGCAUCUACAAAUGGUAGAUGGGGUGGUCCUUCACAAACUCCUCAUGUCUCUUCUAAUGCACCAUCUCCGAGAUCACCUGAUUACAAUGAAAGUGAUGAGGAUGAUAAACCUGAAUCAUUGGAUCGCAGCAAUCGACGAAGGCAGAGGCCUCAACGGUAUUCUGGGAAAGAGUUUGUUGAAGCAGUUUCAGAUAAUGAUGCAGAUUUUGAUAGUGAUGAUGAUAUAGUUGGGGAGGUGGUAUAUGAUGAAGAAUAUUUGAGGAGUCGCGAAAAAAGGAGGAAGAUGUCAAGCAGCUCUGAAGGUGAUGAAGAGUAUCAUGGUGAUGAAGAAAAUGUUGAAGACGAAGAAGAAGAAGAAGAAGAAGAAGAUGAUUCCUUAAGUACAAGCGAGGACAGUGAUGAGCCCCAAAGAUUUAAGAAAUUACCUGGCCGCACUAGGAGGGAGACGAAACUAAGGUCAGUUGACGAGCUCCAGUCAGGUCUAAGACGUAGUAAAAGGGCAACUAGAAACCGCAUCAAUUAUAGACAGUAUGAGUUCUCGGCAUCAGAGACUGAGUCAGUGAAACCCGAGAAGUCAAAGGCAUCAGAUGGGCACACGGAUGCAAGUGAUAGUGAAGACUUUUCAAGGGGAAGUCAAGACUCCAAGGCCAACAAUGAUAACCAGGAGGUGAAAGUUGAUCAACCUGUUGAACAGCACCCUGUGAUAGUAGAGAGAGAGCAAAACCCACAGCCAGAGAAAUUAAAUAGCCCAGACCUAGAUGAAGUUGAAGGUGUACGGAAAAGGCGUUUCCUUGAUCUAAAUGAGCUCGCCCCUGGUUCUGGCUUUGAUGAUGGGCCUAACUCAAUUAUGAAAGAUGAAGAUAGAGAUGACUUCUAAGCAUUCCCCUCUGCCAUAAAGCAAGGGUUGUAUUUUCUAUUGGGAAGCUAUUGUACCAUAUAUUACAUAUAAAUUUUGCAACAAAUCCACUCCACGACGGAAGUUUAGAGAGCUCUUCCUUGACGGAAUCACUUCAUGCAGUUUAUUGAUGCUUAGAGAAUGAUGUAGAUUGAGUAGUCAUUUUUUAGUAUUCCUACAUUCAACAGAACCAACGGUGAAUCAAUGAGGAAUUGCUCGAGAGUAAUUUAGUCUUCUCUCAUUCUAUCAGUGUACAAUACCUUUUAACUGAUUGUAACCAAAAGAUUUCACUCUUGACUGUUCGGAAUCAGGAC